AUGAUCUCCCAGCCCACCCUGCGAUUACAAGGCCGCGCCCUCUCUGUGGGCAUCACCGUUGCCUGCGGACUGGCAUUCAUGCUGUUCGGAUACGACCAGGGGGUCUUUGGUGGCAUCCUGUCAAACCCGGCGUUCCAGGAACAGUUCGACCAUCCGGAUGCCACCAUUGAGGGACAGAUCGUGUCAUCGUACGUGCUCGGAUGCAUUAUCGGGGCCUUCACAUCCAUGUUUCUCGGCGACCGCCUAGGCAGACGCAAGUCAAUCAGCGUUGCCUGUACAUUCCUCACAGCCGGGGGCGUCCUCCAAGCAACUGCGUUUACGCUGCCCCAUAUGAUCGUUGGCCGCAUUCUGUCCGGCAUCGGGGUUGGCAUGAAUACAACCACAGUCCCAAUGUGGCAGAGCGAGACCUGCGAGCCAAAGCGCCGAGGCAUACUCAUGUCCAUCCAACUUACCAUGCUUGUCUUUGGCUUCGUCGUUGCCAACUGGCUCAACUUCGGCUUCACCUAUAUCCCCGAUCAGCCCGUUGCCUGGCGCUUCCCGCUUGCGUUUCAAUCGGUGCUAGCAAUCCUCACGCUUGUCACUGUGCCCUUUAUGGUUGAAUCUCCUCGCUGGCUGUGUCUACGCGGGCGUGAUGAGGAAGCCUGCGAUGUGCUGGCUCGCCUUGCAGUCAAGCCCUCGACAGACUCUGGCAUCGUGCAAGAGCUCCAGACCAUCCAGCAGAUGAUAAGCCACGAGACCGAGUCGCAGGGCUCCGGAUGGCGACAGAUCUUCACCAACGGUCCACAGCAAAACUUCCGUCGAAUCGCAUUAGGAGCAGGCGCCAAUUUCAUGCAGCAGUUCGGGGGCAUCAACGUGGUCGCGUACUAUCUCCCGGUUGUUCUCAAGCGGUCGUUCGGAUUCAGCGACCGCUUGUCGCUCGUCUUGUCGGCUGUGGACUCUAUGCAGUGGAUGUUCUGGGCGGGGAUGGCGUCGUUUGUGAUUGACAGGGUUGGGCGCCGACGACUGCUGAUCUUUGGCUCUGCAGGGCAGUCUCUCUGUUUUGUCAUGGCGGCAAUUGGGCUGGCGAUUGAUACAACGCCUAUGAAUGGUGUUGCGGUUGCUUUCAUCUUCCUCUACUACUUCUUUUUCGGCCUGUCUUUUCUUGUCAUUCCAUUUAUGUAUCCGUCCGAGAUUAAUUCCCAUCGCACGCGGAAUCUGGGAAGCGCGAUUGCCAUGGUCACCAAUUGGCUUGGUGUUUACGUGAUUGUCUCUGUGACUCCUACAGCCAUUGACAGCAUUGGCUGGAAAUUCUAUCUCGUAUUUGCCGUCACUAAUUUCGUUUUCUGUCCCAUCUGCUGGCUGUUUUACGUCGAGACAUCGGGCCUGUCUCUGGAAGAAGUGGAUAGGCUCUUCGAGAUCAAAUACCACGGGGGCAAGAACAUGACCUACCACACCGCCGCUGAAAUGGCAAAGGAGGUUGUGAAUGUGGAGACCACCGAGCAUUUGGAGAGGGUGGAUACUGCAUAG